CAAUAAGCAUGAAUGUUAGGGCAAACACGCUUGUAAGCAAGAACUAGAAGAAGUAACAUUUAAAUUUUUACUAAACUGGUUACAGUUACAGAACAGUCACAUGUGCAAGACUGCCAAGAGAAUUCCAAAAGUUGAGGCAUUUCAUCUGCAUGACAUCAGACAGUCAUUUGUGCUGUGGAAUUGAAGAUGAAUGUUAAAACUAAAUUCCUCCUGUCGCUUAUUGGGGUUGGAUUGCUGACUUCUGGAAUUAUUGACUAUUUAACAAAUUUUGAAGAAAAUGGAUGUGAAAUGACAUGGAUGUAUCAGUGGCCAGAAUAUUUGGAUGUUAAUCUUGGAAAAGAAAUCAAAGCUGAGUUUCCGAAAUAUGAAUUGUACAUCUAUGGAGAAGGGAAUUAUGCAAGACAAAUAAGCAAACUGAAACUUGAGGGUAUCCCUGUUCUGUUCAUUCCUGGGAAUGCUGGAAGUUAUAAACAAGUGAGAUCAUUGGCAUCUGUUGCUCUACGAAAGGCAGAACACACUUCCUUUCACUUCAACUAUUUCACUGUCAAUCUUCAGGAGGAGCUGGGUGGACUUUAUGGAGGUGUUUUGCAAGAACAAACUGAGUUUGUACAUGCAUGCAUUAAAAAGAUUCUUGGAUUCUACAAAUCGGCACGUUUCCCUCCAACAUCAGUCAUCCUAGUGGGCCACUCCAUGGGUGGAAUUAUAGCAAGGGCUUUGUUCAUUUUACCAGACUUUGAUCCACAUUUGGUGAACACAAUCAUCACACAAGCGACUCCACAUCAAGCACCAGCUGUUUCCAUAGAUAGUGACUUAGUACAUUUCUAUAAGAAUGUCAACAGUUUUUGGUAUCUCCAUGGCAACCAGUCACUAAGUCACGUAACGAUUGUGAGCACUGGUGGAGGCUACAGGGACGUGCUAGUUAGGAAUGGAUUAACUUCACUCCACAGAAUACUUCCAGAUGACAGAGUUGUUAGCACAUCUAGUACGGCAGUUCCACAUGCCUGGGUGUCUACCGAUCAUCUCUGUGCUGUGUGGUGCCGACAAAUGGUGUUGGCAACAAAACGGGCCAUGUUUGAUAUUAUAGAUCCUAAAUCUAAACAGGUGACAGAUGACAUAAGCAGAAGAAUGAGUGUUUUUAGACAUCACUUUCUCUCGCACACUGGAUCAAAAACAUUUAUAGAACAUUUUUCAAGGGAGAUUACUCUGGAUAGCAAGAUUCCUUGGGAGGAGCAGACCGGAACGAUUUUUACAUUUAAAACCAACACAAUGCCAAGAUCAAAGUAUUUUGCAAUUCCAAUUUUAAGUGAAGGUGUGGACUCUGUGAUGAUUCUUAGCAAUGUGACAAACGACAACUGGGUUUGUGUUUGCACCAAGAAGGAACAUGAAGACAGAUGCUCCACCUGUAUCAAUUUGUCACACAGAAGCCAAGUGCUACCACCUCAGUACUCCAGUAAAAAAGUCAUAAGGAUGUACCUAAAUGAGAUGGAAAAUGCAAGUCACAUUGUUAUCAUUGUGCCAGCAAGCAAACAAAUGGUGGAAAUAACUGUAGAACAAUACUCGAUGAUUACUCGUCAUCUGCUCUAUACUCUGCCAAACAUAGCUGACACAAUUGUGUCGUACCCGGUUUCCGUUUUCGACAUGGCCGCCAUGUUACGUAUUCAGAACAAUUCUGUGUACUACAGCCUUCACCUGGGAGGUUUGGUCGGACCAAUGCGGUCGUACAUAGCCGAACUUACGCCUCGCAAUUGUCGAAAAGUUCAUACAAAUGACUUUGAUGGCAAUAUCCUGACCUUGAAUGUUCCAUGGGCCAACGAGAGCACCUACAAGUUUGGCAAAUUUCGCGAGAAGAUAACUCUUUCGAUCAAGCUGCAGAGUGCGAAGCCGGCCGAAUACGACACUCACGCUGUUCACUUGGAGAUGUAUCUACAUCCAUCGUGUUACUACCAACUCAAACUGAAGGCAUCCAUGUCAGAAGUUAUGGGUCAGCUGGUUCGGUUCUAUGGAGUCUUGUUUCCUGUCUUCCUGGUUGGGGUCUUGUUUCUGGCACUGCAUGGAUGUUUCCUGGCUUUUGCGACAGGUAAGCCUGUAGACAGCCCAGCCCAAGUUAUUUGGCAGUAUGGAAGGCCAUAUUUCGUUCUACCUUUUGUGUUCAUUCUACGCUUCAUUCAAAGUUUCCCAUCAACCUCCAAUGUGCUAUCGAGUUUGCCACGAGAUGACAAGGAAUUUCUUGAAGAUCAAGAUCUGUGGUUUUCUGCCUUGCCCUUUAUACUGUUUGUUCUGGCAUUCUGUGUCACUUACUGCCACUGUUUACUGGUGGACUUCAAGACCUACAUAUUCAGCAGAGUUCUGGCUGCACUCUUUUCCUGGCUUCCAGAGUGGAUGAUUUCACCUGGAAAAUACCUCAUCAUAGCUUGCGGUCUUCUGGCUGUAACAUCGUCUUUAACUUUGUGUGGGGCCACUGGAAUACUCAUCUCAUUCGUCUUAAUUAUGAUAAAGUUAUUACGAUUGUAUCGAGUUUCUUCUGUGACACGGCUGAGAGAGGAUCGAGCAAAACUGGCGUACUUCUUCCUCAUACUCAUGCUGUGUAUGUGGUUGAUGGCGCUUAACAUUCCAUCCUUACUGAUGUGGGUAAAAUCUCUCAAAUACAAUCUCCGACUCUAUCCUGAUCCAAGUAGGACAGCUGGAGUUAUCCUCCCUAUCAUGACAAUCCUGAUUCUUGUAGAUGACAGUAUCUACAAUCUCAAUGAGAUCCUGUGUCAGGCCUCCGGCUGGUUGAUUCUCAUUGUCACGGUGAUAUCACAAAUCUACUCCAUGGUGUCUCUGUACAGACUUCCUUACAUGAUCAUUGCAGUCAUCUUCAUCACCAUCAUACCUAAAGCUUGGAAAAUAAUCACAGACCUGAUGAAUCCAGAAAAAAGAAAAGACGAGUAGUCAGUGAUCUGUCUUGUUUUCCUCCACAUUCCGAACAAAAAUAAGAAAAUAAUCACAGACCUGAUGAAUCCAGAAAAAAGAAAAGACGAGUAGUCAAUGAUCUGUCUUGUUUUCCUCCACAUUCCGAACAAAAACGAGAAACAUCAGCUUAUUUUUAUGUGUUUAAACAUGUUUUAAUUAAAAUGUACAACAUUUUUUAUAGGUGGUAAAAGGAUGUGUGCGCAUGACAAAUACUUUCAGAUGCAUUUUAAUUAAGUUUUAAAACAUUGUAUUGCUUAUAAAAAGAUAUAUGUGUGUAUGAUUACUUUGAGAUAGUUUGUUGAGUAUUUCUGUUGAUUCAAGUACAGUGUCAUGUGACAAUAUAUUCCCUUGAUCUAAUCUGCAAUUUAUUUUGUUUCAAAGACAGGAUUGCAUAGCAUUUAACCUACUAAAUGGGUCAAUAAAAUACUGCUGAACCAUUCUGUAUUGCAUAAUGAAAGUAUUGUCAGCUGCCAGCAGUGGCCCAAACUACAGUGUACAUAUAGAACAUAUGGCGAUUUCAUCUAUAGCCUACACAAAAAGUAUUGUGAUGUUAGCUGUUACUCAGACAGUAAAAACAAUCAACUCACUGCAACCUCUAUCACAUGGGCUGCAUUCAACCAGACUGAGCAGAAAAACGUCUGCUAGACUGGUUUAGGUGCCCAAUGUUAAACCAGAUGGCCACAUCGGGAAACAAUCUUUUUAAAUGUCAGUACCGAUGUAGAACAUAACCUCUAAACUGGGUAUCCUUUAAAACUGGACUUUGUCCAAUUUAGAAUGGUUUCACUGGAACUGAAUUAUGGCUUAAAUUUUAUCUAUUUAAAAUAUUUGCAAAACAUCUCGGCAUUAGCUGAAGAGGAAUAUAGAGACGGUGUAUGUUCCAAGUCGCAUAAUCUAAGCGAUUGCCUUUAGUAGAUCAACUGCUAUGUGACCAUGCCUUUAAGUAAGUGUUUCAUACAGUAUAUGAUUGUAUAUAUAUGCCUUCAACUUUUGUACAUCUUCACAUUUCAAGCCACAGUGCAUAUAUUAUAACAUUGAUGGUGCUUUAUAAUUUUGUUGUGUCAUUAACCAAGUUUAUUGUCACUUCUGACAUAAUAAUGGCUUGGCUGUGAUUGUUCAUGUUGUAUACAUACUAGACAGUGAAAAGAUAAAUAAAAUCUUUGUUGAAA